AUGUCAUUCCCGUCGCACGAUAUCUCUGCGCCGUUCAACUUCCCGAAGGAGGAGGAGAAGGUCAUAGAGUUCUGGAAGGAAAUUGACGCGUUCCAGACGAGCUUGAAACUAUCGGAGGGAAAGCCGGAGUACUCUUUCUACGAUGGACCACCAUUUGCGACGGGUCUACCGCAUUACGGACACUUGCUAGCUGGCACGAUCAAGGACAUCGUCACAAGACAUGCCCAUGUCAGCGGCCACCAUGUCAUCCGUCGAUUUGGUUGGGAUACCCAUGGAUUGCCAGUCGAGCACGAGAUCGAUAAGAAACUAGGCAUCAGGGGCAAGGAAGACGUCCUCGCUAUGGGUAUCGACAAAUAUAACGAUGAAUGCCGAAGUAUUGUCAUGCGAUACUCAUCUGAAUGGAGGCACACCGUACAACGGAUGGGACGCUGGAUCGACUUCGAUAAUGACUACAAGACACUUAAUCUAUCAUUCAUGGAGUCAUGUUGGUGGGCAUUCGGCGAAUUGUUCAAGAAGGGGAUGGUGUACCGCGGUCUACGUGUUAUGCCAUACUCUACAGGAUGCACGACACCUUUAUCGAAUUUUGAAGCGGGGCAAGACUACAGAGAAGUCAGCGAUCCAGCAGUUACUAUCUCAUUUCCUCUCGUGGACGAUCCAAAAACAUCGCUACUUGCAUGGACAACCACUCCUUGGACAUUGCCCUCGAAUCUUGCCCUUUGCGUUCAUCCCGACUUCACCUACAUCAAAAUACACGACCAAGAUCGAGAUCAGAAUUUCAUACUACAUGAACGUCUUCUUGGGACUCUAUACAAAGAUCCCAAGAAAGCCAAAUACAAGAUCUUGGGAAAAUUCAAAGGUGUCGAUAUGAAAGGCUGGAGAUACGUCCCAUUGUUUGAGUAUUUCACAGAUCAGUACGAAGACAAAGCGUUCAGGGUUGUUGUAGAUACCUACGUCACCGAUGCUGAUGGUACAGGUAUCGUUCAUCAGGCGCCAGCAUUCGGUGAAGAUGAUCAUCGUAUUGCCAUCGCCAACGGGGUUCUUCGAGCUGAUGAAAUGCCACCUUGCCCCAUCGACGAUGCUGGCCUAUUUACCAAGGAAGUACCUGACUUCCAAGGGCAACAUGUCAAGGUCGCAGACAAGGACAUACAGAAAGUCCUCAAAGCGAAAGGUCGUCUCAUUGUGCAAUCCACCUUAAAACAUACGUAUCCGUUCUGCUGGCGGUCGGGUACUCCGUUGUUGUAUCGUGCCGUGCCAGUCUGGUUCAUACGAGUUCAGCCUAUCAUCGACCAGCUGGUAGCAAACAACCAGGAGACGCGAUGGGUGCCGCAGAGUGUCGGUGAUGGUCGAUUCGGAAACUGGCUUGCCAACGCGCGCGACUGGAAUGUAUCAAGGAAUCGGUAUUGGGGAACGCCGAUCCCGCUAUGGGCUAGUGAUGAUAUGGAAGAGGUUGUAUGUGUUGGCUCGGUCGAGGAACUGGAGAAGUUGUCUGGCGUGACGGGCAUAACUGAUAUACACAGAGACAAGAUCGACCAUAUCACUAUUCCUUCAAGUAAAGGCAAAGGAAACCUGAAACGUGUUGAAGAGGUCUUCGACUGCUGGUUUGAAUCCGGAAGCAUGCCAUAUGCCCAACAACACUAUCCGUUUGAAAACCAGCAACUAUUUGACGACACCUUCCCUGCGAAUUUCAUCUGUGAAGGAAUAGAUCAAACUCGUGGAUGGUUCUACACCCUCCUCGUACUCUCCACUCACCUCUUCGGCCGAGCACCGUGGCAGAACUUGAUUGUUACUGGGCUCGUUCUUGCUGCGGACGGAAAGAAGAUGAGUAAGAGUCUGCGAAACUACCCCGACCCUCAUGUCGUGAUUGAUUCGUAUGGUGCGGAUGCCGUUCGAAUGUUCCUGGUAAAUUCGCCCAUCGUGCGGGGUGAUAACCUUCGAUUCAGAGAAGAGGGCGUCAGAGAGGUCGUAUCCCGCGUGCUGCUUCCGUGGUUGAACUCGUUCCGUUUCUUCCUUGGGCACGCCGCGCUGUACAAGAAAACAACAGGCAAUGACUUCAAGUACAACCCGCACGCCGCUGUCUCAAACAACGUUAUGGACCGUUGGAUUCUCGCUAGAUGCCAAUCCCUUAUCAAGCUCGUGAAGGAGGAGAUGGCAGCAUAUAGGCUGUAUAAUGUCAUCCCUCGUCUUCUUGAUUUGGUGGACGAACUCACGAAUUGGUACAUCCGAUUCAACCGCAAGCGCUUGAAGGGCGAAGAUGGGCCUGAGGACACGGCCGCGGCUCUAAACACGCUGUUCGAGACCCUUUUCACCCUUUGUAGGACAAUGUCGUCGUUCACACCUUUCAUCACGGAGAAUAUCUACCAGACACUUCGAACCUUUAUCCCCGAAGAUCCUUCAGCAGGCGACACUCGAUCAGUGCACUUCUUGGCCUUCCCCGACCCGAAGGCGGAAUAUUUCGACGAGGACAUUGAGAGACAAGUCAAGCGGAUGCAGACUAUCAUCGAGUUGACGAGGUACCUGCGGGAAAAGAACAAUCUAUCCCUGAAGACUCCCUUGAUGGAGCUUAUGGUGUUCCAUCCGGAUGUGGGAUAUCUGGAAGACAUCAAGCCCCUCCAACGAUACAUACAGUCAGAACUCAACGUUCGGGAUAUCGUUUUCACCUCGGACGAGUCUGCAUCUGGAGUGAAAUACCGUGCGGUCGCGGACUGGGCGGUCCUUGGGAAGAAGUUGCGAAAGGAUCUCGGACGUGUGAAGAAUGCUUUGCCAAGUGCCACCAGCGAGGAUAUCAAGGCAUACACAACAACAGGGAAGAUCACAGUUGACGGGAUUGAACUAGUCAGCGGUGAUUUGACUGUUCAGCGAUAUCUCGAACUGCCUGCUGGGUUGGAAGCCCAAUAUGCCACGCAUACUGACAACGAUGUCGUCGUUCGGCUAGACAUUCAGAUCCACCCUGACCUUCAAAGCGAAUGGUUAGUUCGUGAGAUAACGAACCGUAUCCAGAAGUUGCGAAAGAAGGCAGGCUUACAAUCCACAGACGAGGUCGAUGUUCUCUAUCAAUUCGAGGACGGUACUGGUGCCGAUCUGCUGGCCGCCAUGCAGAAGCACGCAGACUUCAUCGAGAAGACAGUUCGAAACAUCCCGAUAGAUGCCAAAGAACGAAAACAAGGCGCAGAAACAUUGAUCGAGGAGGAGCAGGAAGUGGCAGAAGUCAAGUUCAUAUUAUCUUUAGUCAAACGUACGUAG